CGGGUCUGCGGCGGCGGCUCCGGUCCAGGUGCGGCAGCGGCUCCAGCAGCGGAAACGGCAGCUGCCCGGUGGGCGGCCCGGCCCGGCUCGGCUCGGCACAGCUCUCCGUGCGUCACGGCCGCCCCGUCCCAUCGCUCCCAGCGCUCGGGUCCGGUGGCUCCGCCGUGCGCCGCGGGGUCCCGGGGCGGCGGGUCCCGGUGCCCGUCGCCCUGCACCCGGCGGCAACAUGUGGCUCCUGGAGCGGCUGCGCGGCAUGGCGGAGAGCAGCGGCGCACGGGGCUCGGGGCCGGACGAUUCCCCGCGGGGCUCCCGCUAUAGCAACGUCCUCACCCCCGAUAAAAUCCCCGACUUCUUCAUCCCGCCCAAGCUGAGCGCUGCACCCGCUGAACCCGAGGGUACCGAGACCUCUGCGCCGCCCACCCUGGGUCCCUCUGUCUCGGAGCAGGACCUGGCGGGCCGCAAGACCCCACGCAGCCCCCGGCCGCCCAGCCGACCCCGUGCGAAGGCAUCCGGCCGGCACAUCAUCCAGAUCGAGAGCGCCGAGGACUGGACAGCGGAGGGCGGCUUCAGCACCAACGCGGACCCGCAGGCUCAGACAGCCAUGUCGCUGCCGUACGUGCCCAAGGCGCAGACCUCCUACGGCUUCGCCACGCUGGUGGAGAGCCCCCACACCCGACGCAAGGAAUCGCUCUUCCACAGCGAGCACAGCAGCCUCUGCCCCUCGCCGGCCACCUCGCCCAGUGCCCAGCGCAGGGCCAAGCUCAACGGUGAAAGCAGGGCCCAGACGCCUGCCGACCUGGGAGCAGCCCUCAUGCAUCCCGGGCGCUACUUCAGCGGUGGCGAAAGCGACACGUGCUCCUCGGCCGAGUCCUCACCCUUCGGCUCUCCCCUCCUCUCCCGUUCCGUCUCGCUGCUGAAGAUCUUCAGCCAGGAGAGCCAGUCCAAAGUCAUCAAGCUGAAGCACUCGGUGGCUCGCAACAGCUCGCUGUCCACCGACGACAGCUCGGCCGACACCAGCCCCAGCGCCCAGCGGCGCUCCAGGAGCGCUCCGGCCGGGGGACAACCGGCAGCGGGCACCGAGCUGGCGCAGGGCCGGCCCCGCGAGCACAGCCUGAGGCUCAGCCGGGGCGGCCGCCUGCGCCUGACCGCUGACUAUGACCCCUCCAACGCCCGGCUCCGCGUGCGGCUCAUCUGCGCCGAGGACCUCUACGAUGCCCUGGUCGACGUGCGUGGCAUCCACUGCUGCGUUUCUCUCUGCCUCAACCCGGGGAAGCUGCAGAAGCAGCGCAGCACCAUCAUCAAGAACAGCCGCAACCCUGUCUUCAACGAGGACUUCUUCUUCGAUGGGCUGGGCCCCAGCCACGUCAGGAAGCUGUCCCUCAAGCUGAAGGUGGUCAACAAGGGCAGCAGCCUGAAGCGGGACACGCUGCUCGGGGAGAAGGAGCUCCCGCUCAGCGCCCUUCUGUAGGCCCAGCAGCCCUGCGGGGAGCGUGCCCGUGGGGCUGGGGCACGGGAGGGCUGGGGCCAGGCCUGACCCCUCUGAAGUAGGGUUUGGAAGGGCCCCCAGAGAAGGGCCAGGGCCGUGGCAGAGCUCAGGGAUGCAGGGCCAGGUCCCCAGGAGCGGAGCUGCCAGAGGCAGCCCUCCUGUGCCAGCCUCUCCCCUCUGUACCAGCUCCCUGCCCGAGGCUGCGGCUCCUGGAGCACAGCAGGAGCCACCUGCCCUGUCCCCUUCAGAUGGAUGGAUGUCACCUGCUGGGCUCUUCCCUUUCUGGUUCCCAUGGUCUCCAGCUGGCCAGUGCGAAGGUUGGAAGCGGGUAGGGCCCUGCAGCAUGCUUGUUGCCUCCUCUCUCCAAGCCUUAGCUCCUGGAGUCAGAUGAUGGCAUCGACCUUGGCUCUCAUUUAAAAGUCAAGCUUUGUAGUCUUGGAAACUGCAGAGAAAAUGCUGCAGAGGUGACCCAGGAACCUGGUUGGGGUCCCUGGGAGGUGGCCCUGUGGCUGACUCACACCUGGGGUCUUUCUGAGCCUUUCCUUGACCCUUCCUGGGACCGCAUAGGGUCUGCAGGUCAGCUCUGUCUGGCACCCCACAGCCUCCUGUCCUGAGCAGUGUCCUCCAGAUACUGACCCCCCACUCACCCCCCCGUGGAUAACAGCUGCAGGAAUUCCAGGGGCAUUUGGAUUUGCCCAAACCCAGGUGGGAGCUGAUAGGGGCUGGCACUGCUGCUGGGGGGGGCUCUUGGCCACGGGGGGUGGGUGUGGAUGCUGGGCCAAUGUCCCAGCAGACCCCAAGCAACAGGAGCAGCAUCCCCCCACCUCCCCGAGUGCUGUGUACUGGGGAUGGGUGGCACCAGGGCAGGUGGCAGGCUGGGAUCUGGGCUGCCCUUCCCUCUUCUGCCCUCCCUCACCCAUGAGUGCUCAGGGGCUUGGGAGCUUCUGCACCCACCCACAGGCAGAGGCAUAGCCCUGGGACCACAAAGCUCCCCCCACUGGGUAGGACCUGGUCCCAAGAUGGGGCUGUGUUGGCACACUGGCUCCCAGCACUGCCUGGAGACACUGGAAUGGGGGAAAUCCAGGCUGGGCUAUCUGCAGGUGGCUGAAACAGACACUUCGUUGUUGUUUGGUGUGGUGUUACCUGCAUGUUUUGGGUUUUUUUUUUUGUGAAAAGGAGCAGAAAAUAGCAUUGCUCCUCUCUGCCCCCUUCCAGCACGUGUGGACACACGCACAUGUGUCCCUCUGUGUUAACCUCUGUUGGUGGCGGUUGAUGUUCCUUCCUUGUCCUUUGCAGCAGAUGGCAGAUUUCAGUGUUGGCUAUUUAUAUCUGAGGCUGAUCUUUCCCAGCGUGUUUUACUUCUGUCUGUAAAUAUGUUCCAGGUAUACGAGGCAUGGUUCUGGUAGCGCGCUGUUUGCAUGUCGGGGGGAUUCGGGGUGAUCGUGGCUGUUUGUUUGAGCUUGUGGCUGAAAACAAACCGUGCAGGACGUGAGGAACAGACGCAUCCCUUUGCCACAGGGGAUUUCCCACCUGCUGCUUCCCACUGCUCUCCCCAGGAGCAACCCAAGGGUGCCCACCCCUGCUCCCCCUCCAGCCCCCUGGACUUGGAGGGGGGGGGGCUGAGCUCAGCACCAAGCAGGCUGGGUGCUGCUGGGGACAGGGGACACCCAGCUGGUGGCCAGGGGCUGGGGCCAGGACCAGUGCAAAGGUUUCAGUGCUCAUAAAGGGCUGGGGGUGCCACAGCCCCCUCCCCAUUGGUAGAGCUGUGCUGUGUGACAUUGGGUUUUGUUGGGGAGGGGGGGAGAGGCUGGGAGCAAGGCUGGGGGUUGUGCCUUGGCUUGGGGCUGGCCCCACGGGGGGAAUCAAGGGCUGGGAGCUUGAGCUGUCCCCCCUCCCCUGUCCCAGGACUGCUGAGCCCUGGGACUUGCUGCUGUGAUGGAUGGGGGGGGGGGGGGUGGAUGCGCAGUCCUGGCGGGGUCCUUCCUCCCUGUAGCUCUUUUCUAACGUUCCUGCUUUAUGAUAUUUCUGUGGCUGGAUUUAACGAUGCUUUUUCUUUCUUUCUUUCUUUCUUUCUUUCUUUCUUUUCUUUUUUUUUUUUUUUUUUUUUUGGAGUGGAAAAAAAAAUUAAUAUAUCUAAUCUAUAUAUUCAUUAAUGGAAUGUUUGUUUACCGAUGACUUCCCCUUUUUAGUGCAAUAAAGUCUUUCUAAAACGGA